AUGAAAGUUGCUGCCCCGCUACAACCUCCGCCAUCGCCAGAGAUCGCGGCAAACGCCAAGUGGCACAACCGCCUCGGAAGCCUGCUUAGUGCGUCGAAGAAGUAUGCUGACGCGAUCGCUCACUUUGAACAAGCCCUCGUCCACGCGCCGCGGUAUGCCGCUGCACACUUCAACCUUGGCAGCGCCCUUGUGUUCGACAAAGGAGCGAGUAUGUCCCAUCACAUCCAACGGGCGGUCGACCACUUUCGCCAAGCCGUUGACAUUCAACCGCACUUCCCCGAUGCGCACGUGAACCUCGCCGCGCAGUUGUAUGCCCAAGGUCACUUUGCGGACGCGUUACGGCAUGCCACCACGGCCAUCUCGCAAGACCCGGACAACAUCCAUGCGUACUACAACCUCAAUACCAUCUACCGCGCAUUGGGUCAACAGGAUGUAGCGGUGGAGCUUUGCUGGAAGCGCAUCCUGUCGGCGCUACUACAGCCCACUACUUCUCGCCUGGUACUAUCCCGACCGCACGACCAGCAGCCAGAGGUUGUGACCCACGUUCACAUUACAGUGGUGUGUGUCAAGUGGGGUGUCAAGUACGGCGCCGACUACGUGAACAAACUGUAUCGGGGCGUGGCCAGACAUUUGAAAAGUGUGCCAUUUACAUUUUGCUGCCUCACCGACGACCCCGCCGGCAUCGCACAGGAGAUUAACGUGCGGCAGCUGGAGCUUGGGUGGGUGGGCUGGUGGAACAAGGCGCAGGUGUUCUCGCCGUCGUUUGGCUGGCGUGGCCGGAUGUUGUAUUUCGAUCUGGACACGGUGUUCGUGGGCUCGCUGGAUGAUUUGGCCAUGUACGCGGGAUGGUUUGGAACGCUCGAAACAGACGCCAUGGAAAACGAACGGCGGGUGGGAGGCAUCAACAGCAGCGUCAUGACGUGGCACGCUGACAAGGCGACGGAAGCUAUGUACAUGUUCUUACAUACAAACUUCGCCAUCGUGGCUACAUGCAUCUACAAAUUUGACCAUUGGCUCGAGAUGGUGUUGCAGCGACAUGACAUUUUACAGGUGCAGUACCCUGGUCAGAUCGUGGAAUACGCCCACGAGUGUCAGGUGCAAGUGCCGCAAAACGCCAGACUCGUGUGCUUUCCAUUGGAGCCCAAACCUCACAAUGCCACCGCACCAUGGGUGCAACAAGAGUGGAGUUAGCCUACCUACCCACUAACUUAUUAUUAGUCAUAUCUGGUCGCUUUUUGUUAAUCCGACGAUUUCCAC